AUGGAUAGAAGGGCUUCUUUCAACGAAGUACCUCUUCCAAACCUGUUCCCAAAGAUUGAUCGGUUCCCCAAGUACAAUGCUAAAGAAGAUGAAGAUAUUGAGUUAGUUGAUAUUGAUAACGGAGAUGAAGUUGAUUCUAUAACUAGCGAUGAGAUACGACACAAGAUAGAAGAGUUCCAAGCUGAGCAGUGGGAUAACAAAACCAAUGAGAAAUUUUUUUUCACAAAGAUGUUUCAUGGAGGUGAAGUUAUUGAAGACAAUGAAGGGUUCUCAGACUUCGAUGUUUAUAACAGAAUGGUUCAGAAAGAAGCUAUAUUGGAAGCAAAAACCAAAAAAGUGCUAAAUGAUAUGCAAAAUAAUAGUUUGAAAGUUACAAAAAACAUAAGUGAUCAGUACGAUGCAGGUGAUGAGACCCGUGCGGUGAAGAACAAACAUAGGUUCAAAGCUUAUGAACAAAGGCUACGUUACAAUGGAGGACAUUCCGAUGAAAGACCAUAUUUUUAUAGACAAGAAUCAAUGGGAUCAAAUAGAACAGAGGUUGUUGACUUAUCUAAGAUGGAUUUAUCACAAUCCUUUUUCAAUAAUAAUGGCGGUGGUGAUGGAACAAAUGGGAAUGAGAACAGUGGCCAUCAUGGAAAUUACAAUGGGAAGUAUCAUCUACAACGGAAGCUAAAAAAACAGCAAAUCCAAAUGGUUGCAUUAGGUGGUACUCUUGGUGUUGGUUUGUUUCUAGGUUCCGGGAAAGCAUUUUCUAUUGGUGGUCCUCUGGGUUGUUUUUUGGGCUUUUUUAUUUCAGGUUCUAUAGUUUUAGCCACCAUGUUAUCAUUUGCAGAAAUGUCAACUCUUAUACCCACGACCUCAAGUAUUUCAGGUCUUGCUUCAAGAUUUGUUGAAGAUGCAUUCGGAUUUGCACUUGGUUGGUGUUAUUGGCUUUCAUUUACAAUUGCUAUGCCUGGGGAAGUAUGCGCUGCUACUAUUAUGUUGAGUUAUUAUCAGCAAUUAGACAUACCCAGUGCUUCAACAGCCGGUUUUGUAUCAUUGUUUCUAUUUGCAAUUCUUUUUGUUAAUUUGUUUGAUGUUAGAGUUUAUGGAAAUAUUGAAUAUUGUGUUAGUUUAUUCAAAGUUUUAUUCACUGUUGCUCUGAUGAUUUCCAUGGUCGUUGUUAAUGUUAAAGAACAUUAUGGUUUUACAUAUUGGAAUUCAGCCGCUUCAACAGAAGUUGCUUCAUAUGGUCCAUUCAGACCUACGUUUGACUUGAAUGAUAUCGGAAGUGGAUCAAAAAAUGGAAUUGGAGGCGCAUUGGGUCGAUUAUUAGGUGUUGUGUCAUCUACAUUGAUUUCUUCAUAUGCUUAUACAGGAAGUGAAAUUGGAUUUGUUGCAUCAAUGGAAUGUAGAAAUCCAAGAAAGGCUUUACCAUCAGUAACAAAACGGGUAUUUGGAAGAAUUACAAUUCUAUACUUGUUAUCAAUUUUCCUCGUUGGUUUGAAUUUUUACUCUGGGGACCCAAGAUUAUUAAGGUAUUAUACACCAGAUACCCAAAGAAAUCCGUUACCAUUAAGAUUUAUAGAGAAGCUGAAUGUCCAAUGUACACCAGUUUCAAUGAUUGGUCAGAAUUCAAAUGGAAAUCAAAGUCCAUGGAUCAUUGCCUUGCAAAGCACGGGCCUCUGCACCUAUUCAUCAGUAGUGAAUAGCAUAUUUGUUGUGUUUGCUGUUUCUGCAGGGUCAUCACAUUUAUACGUUUCCAGCAGAACAUUAUACUCAAUGGCAACUCAAGGUAAGGCAUUACCAAUAUUUACAAGAUGUACAAAAGCUGGUGUUCCAUAUAUCUCAGUUUUAUUUUCAGGUGCUUUUGGUCUUUUGGCCUAUUUAUCGGUCAAUCAUAGGGCUCUAGAGGCUUUCCAGGAUUUUGCAAAUAUUUCAUCGGCAACUGCAAUGCUUAUGUGGUCAGGAAUGUGUUUAUCAUUUUUAAGAUUUUACAAUGGAUUGAAAUUGAGGCCAGAUAUAAUUUCAAGAAAUGAUCCAUCAUACCCAUAUAGAUCUCCAUUUCAACCAUUUUUAGCAAUUUAUGGUCUGGUAGGAUCGAUGCUGAUUGUAAUUUUAAUGGGAUUUGUUGUAUUCUUGAAAGACUCAUGGGAUACAAAGACAUUUUUCACAUCUUACGGUGCAUUAAUGUUAUUUGUUAUUUGUUUCGCAGGCUAUAAGAUAUUUGGGAGCUCAAGAAUCCAUAGACUAGAUCAGCUAGAUCUAGAUUCAGGAAGGAGAGAGAUGGAUAGAAUUAUUUGGGAUGAAGAUAAGAAUUACAGUAGUUCAUUUACUGAAAUUUUCAAGAAAUGUAUUGGGUGGUUAGCAUAG